UGUGGUUCCUGUGCCUACGCAGCGCUAGUGCGUGUGUCCGUGCGUGUGGCCGUGCACCCGACCCCUGUGGCUUGUUAUUAUGCAGCUUCUGUCCCGUGUCUUGUGCUGGCACAUCAAACAUGGCCCUCCACCUCGCCGUCCCCGCCCCAGGCCCCUCCAGGCGCAACAGCCUCUCCUCUCUCUCUCCCGUCUCGCCCGCAUCCAGCCCCUCCCACUACUCCUGGUCCCCCUCGCGUCCUGCUCCUGCCCCGCCCAGCACCAGCAUCCACGCCUUUCCCGAGCCCCCUCCUCGCCGGCCCUUUGCCUCUUUCCGCUCCGCCCGUAUUUCCAGAAGAUCCUCCGCCUCGUCUCUCAUCAUUACACCCUCAGACGCGUCUUGCUCUGGUGUUGUGGUCAUUGACGCAGAGAAACCGCCGCCAAUGGACGAGACCGGCGCUGAAAGGCAUACAGACAAGGAGCACUCCCCGUUGAUCGAAAGGAGACGCUCCAAGUCCUUUACCGACCUCUCUGCAGACUCUCGCCGAGCCCUCUCUGAACUCUCGUCUACGGAUAUGAUCUUUGGCAGCGCCCCGCCCCGCCCGCCCCGGAGACGACAGAGGCCAGAGCUGCUGACGAGGAGACUCCAGACCCUCUCGCCCAUCCCUUCGUCGCCUGCCGCUUUCAGGCCCUCCCUCGAGCUGCCCAGGCCAGGGUACGCGAGGAGCGCGUCGCCAUCAGGAGAGUCAGUCGCGACCGUCACCCCUGCUACAGAAUCCGAUCUGGAAUCGUCACAAGAGACGACUCUCGCCUCUUCCAUUCGGCAGGGCGUACGCGACAUGACCCUUGGCCAUUCACGGACCGGUUCCGCCUCCUCCGCGUCCAGACGGAUGGGCGCACUCUGCGACCUCGUCUCAGACCUCGACCUGACCCAAUCCUGGGGCACAUCGCCCGGCUCGUCGGGCACCGCCGUUGAAGGUGUCGAUUACGCAGAGCCUUACAGAAACUCGUGCUACACCUCGUCCUCGUCCGAAGAGUCGUCCCUGGUCAGCCCGCCUCUCGUCGGGUCCCCUGUGCUGCGCCCCGUGACCGUCCGCGACGAUGGUCACGAGUCUGAAGACUUGGGUCUGUCCUACUUUGAGCCCAAGCCGAUACCGCUCCCUCCCAUCCCUGUCGAGGCGCCGAGCCCUACACCGCUCAGCCGCAGAAUACCGUCCAAGAGUUCACUCCGCCAGAAACGCCUCGCCACCCCCGAACCUCCCCGGCCUGCCUCGCGCGGUCGGACAGAAGUCUUUGAUGUAGCCUGGUCGGGCUAUGGCAAGUGUCUCGAACCAUCUUCACCCAUCGCUUCCACUGCGCCAUCUGCAGACAAGACAUGGCGCUCUACCUUGGCGUCCGAGUCGACUUUUACGAGCGUGCUAAACACACACGGCGCGGCCGAAGUCAAACGACAAGAAAUCAUGUGGGAAAUGUGCGAGACGGAAAAGGGCUUUGUCGACUCGAUGAAGAUGGUCAUGCGGCUCUUUGCUUCGCCUUUGAAAACGCCACAGGGAAGGUGGAUAGAGGGCAUCCCUCAGAAAGCCACCGAGCUCUUUGACUAUCUACAAACCAUCGUGCAUGUCCACGCCGCGCUCGUAAAGUCGCAAAAAGAUAUCACCAAGGACGGCGUCAUUGAUGUCACGGCAUUCAUCUCUGCUUUCAAGCCAUGGCUGUCGAGGCUGAGCGUACACGAGCCGUUCUUGUUGGAAUUUGAAGAGGUGAUCCGUUUGAUCGACGCGCAUGCCAGGGAUGCAAAGAGCGUCUUUGGAGAGUUUCUCAGGAUGCAGACGGGGGCCGAGGUGCUGGGGUCCAUGACUCUGACGAGUAUGCUCCUCAAACCUAUACAAAGGCUGACCAAGUACCACUUGUUUUUAAAAAACCUCCUUGACGCCACACCCUACCCGCAUCCGGCUCACUACAGCCUCGUCUCCCUUCUCCAAAUCACCGAGGCAACCGUCACCAAAGUUCAAGCCUCCAAGGCCCGCGAAGAAGACUUUGAGUCGCUCAAAAAUCUCGCAUCCAGCGUUCACGGAUUGCCCGACGGGCUCAAACUCGCAGAGCGAGGCCGCAGAUUUCUGGGACACGGGACUGUACUCAAAGUCGUUCUGGGACAUGACGAGCUACCCCCAAGCGGAAGAGUGGUGCAAAGUAGGAGCAGAUCAGAGAGCGUGCAUUCAUACAAUUCUGGCCGCAACUCGGUGACCUCUUCCGUCUCGUCCUCUGCUCCGUCAACAUCCAGCCCCUUCCCGUCUUCCGACUUUACCUCCUCGUAUUUUGCUCCCUCGUCACGCUCAUCGGCAUUCUCAAUAUCCUCUUUCGGGUCGUCCUAUUUCGCGCCCUCGAGAUCAAAUUCUCUGACCGUGCCCAGAUCAUCACCAAAGCUGCCUUCUCGCCCGCCCUCCGCUGCUUCCGUCUUUUCCCUCUCUAGGCCCGGAUCUGCCGCUUCCAUGCGAGGAGGUAGACUACGCCGAAAGGAAGAGCCCUUGACGUUGCUGGUUUUCAACGACAUGGUGAUUCUUGCACAGGCAGAAAAGGCAAGCGGUGUUUAUGGGAGACGACGGGACAAGGGGUUCAAAGUAUGUGAGAAUGGGGCUGGGCGGGUAGUGGAAGUGAGAGACUUGAAGGGCUGGGAUGGACGCGACCAGGUGUUUAGCGUCACCAUCAUCCCAAACCAUUCCAACAACCCGAUCCCUAUGACAUACUUUUUCCAAUUACCCUCCGUCACCACCGCCUCCGCCCCUCAUCUGCGGCGAAAGCAUUCAUCGCCCACGGACCUCUCGCAUCCCUCGCUGUGCACUGCUGAGGCGUUCAUCGAUAGUCUUUGUGUGGGGCUUGAGGUGGGUGUGGCUAUGGGAGGCGAUCAGGGCGAAGGGGAGGAGUUUCUGGUUUUCUAGGGCUGUGGUAUAAUGCUGUCUGGGACAGUGAUUUAUGCAUCUUGAAU